AUGGGGUUUCGUUUGUUACCGAUGAUUUCUGGUGCUAAACAUAUCUACAAACUGCAAUCCGCUCUUACAAGAAAUCAUUCCGAUGUUCCUAAAGGACAUUUUGCAGUUUACAUCGGAGAAAUAGAGAAGAAACGAUUCGUGGUCCCAAUAACGUACUUGAAUCAUCCUUCUUUCCAGAAAUUAUUAAGGCAAGCAGAAGAAGAAUUCGGGUUUCAUCAUUCAAUGGGAGGUUUAACAAUACCAUGCAAUGUAGAUGCAUUUGUUGAUGUCACUUCUCAAUUGAACACUUAA